AACACUCUGGACGCCUACCCCUGUGGAUCUGACCACACCCCCAGCCCCAUGGCCAGCCGCAUCCCCGUGCUGGAGGAGACCAUCCUGGACAGCCCAUCCGCUCGGCUCACAGCCGUGGCUGUCAGCAAGAGGGCCGGACACACCAUCGCCUUCCUGGGAGACGCCAAGGGGAACCUCCACAAGGUUUUCCUGGGUCCGGAUGGCGAGGUGGAGGAAUACUCUGUGAUCUCCAUCCAGAGGAACACACCUAUCAGCUCAGACCUCCUUCUGGACCAGGAGGAGGAGCAUCUGUUCAUCAUGACCCCUAACAUGCUGCAGAAGAGGCCCGUGGCUGAAUGCCAGCAGCACCCAGACUGCCACUCCUGCCUGCUGGCCCAUGACCCCUACUGCGGCUGGUGCAUCCUGGAGGGAAGGUGUGUCCUGAAAUCAGAGUGCAGCCGUGGAAGCCGACCAGGCGAGUGGCUGUGGAGCUUCGACAUGGAGCAGCAGUGUCUGAGCGUCCAGGACCUGAACCCCUUCAACAUCAGCAGGGAGGAGAGCAGGACGGUGUCCCUGUCCAUCCCAGGACUCCCCCUGUUGGACAGAGGCGAGUCCUACUCCUGCUCCUUCCAGUCCAGCUCCAGCCCUGCCACCAUCACCCAGGCUGGAGUUGCAUGCCAGUCUCCAGACUCCAGCAGAAUUCCUUCGGUGCCUCCUGGACAGGAUUUUGUCACCCUGGCCUUGUCUGUUCGCUUCGGGGACGUCACGGUGGCAGAGAGAGAUUUCACCUUCUAUGACUGCAUGGCGGUGAAGCAGCAGUCAGGAAGCACGCCCUGCCGUGGAUGUGUGCUGAGCAAGUGGGGCUGUAACUGGUGCGUCAGCCAGCACUCCUGCACCCACAGACCCACCUGUGAGGAGGGAGUGAUCAUCUACAACCAGCAUUUUAAACUCCCCACAUCUCCUCCUCCCACCACCAAAACCAUUAAAGUCAUCUCCACAUCCGUCACCACCGCGGCUACAGCAACAACACCCACCAUGACCACAACUACACCGCCAACCGCCGCCACGACAAUCCCUGCUCCCGUCACCAUAGCAACCAGCUGGGAGCUAGCCACCUCGGCCUGGCCUGAACCCCCAACGGGGUCUUUUACGGUGUACCUUACGCCCUCCAGCACAGCCCCGCCCCCUGAAGGCCCCGCUGCAACGGAUGACCUGCUUGUUGUCACUCGGAGUAAUUCUGAAGAGGCUGCCGUAACGCCAAGCGUUGCUGUGGCGGCAGCAGAGCUGCAGCCCGCCACUGGGGCCGAUGGUCUUAGUGGAGACCAGGAGCCCCUGAUGCCCCUCAUCCUCUCAGAUGCCUCCACCCUCACGGUGGUCACAGAGUCUCCCUCUAGUGAUGCACAGGAAGCUGAGGAGCCUCCAACGCAGGCCUCGCCCGGCGCUCAGGUGCCCACCGCCGCCUCUGUAGCAGAACUGGCCCUCACUGUGCCUUCCCCUCCCCCGGAGAUCACCCAGGUUCUACGUAACCCCUCUGAACCCAGCAUGAAGUCAAAGGAAGUAGACGCUCCACCAGAGGGCGCCAUGGCGGCAGAAGAGGACACGGCUACGCUCUCAGCUCCUACGGUGCUCUCAGGUGACGGGGAAGACCGUGACCCCCCCUCAUACGCACACCUCAGGGAGGCAGACUCAGAUCCAGAGCUGGAUUACCAGUAUGACUCAGCUGACGCCUUCCUACCGGGUGAUGAGGGUCCCUACAUCAGCUGGGGCUCCUCGGCGUGUCCCUGUGUGGAGAAGGUCCAAGGAUCGUCCCUGCUGCCUGUCCAAGUGGAGAGGAAGAUCACCUUACUGGCACGCAACCUCCACCUCUAUCAGGACGCAGAGCUGGACUAUGAGUGUGUGCUGGUUAUCGAGGGCCAGACGGUGGUGGUGGACGCCUUCGUGGAAGCCGACGACAUGAAUCCAUCAAACUUCUACAUCACCUGUCAGCUUCACAAGUACGCGUACCUGGCUCAGGCAGAGGAGUACGCUGCCAUGGUGUACGUGAAAAGGAGGAACACCUUCCACCUGGACACCUCUCCUAACCUCUCUGUGACCCUGUAUAACUGCUCUGUCGGGCGGUCAGACUGCAGCCGCUGCCAUACGGCGGCCCACAAGUAUGGCUGCGUGUGGUGCGGCGGUCCUGUGGCCAAAUGCUUGUAUUCUGCCUCCUGCAGUGAGCAGGUCCAGCAGACAUGCCCCGCUCCUGUCAUUCUCUCAGUCCAGCCUCUCUCUGGCCUGCUGGAGGGGGGGACCCUGGUGACCAUUUCCGGGUCCAACCUGGGCCAGAAGGUUGAAGACAUCCUGCACUCUGUGACUGUAGCUGGGGAGCCGUGCGUGGUCAUCCCGGAGCAGUACGAAGUCUCCUCUAGGAUUGUGUGUCGGACCAAAGGCAGCAGUGGAGAGAAGGAGGGCCCUGUGACUGUGAAGGUCGGUGGAGGAGACCAGCGCAGUUCCACUCAGGUUUUCAGCUACCAGGACCCGUUUGUUAUGGCCGUCUCACCUGAAAGAGGUCCAAAGGCAGGAGGGACAACCCUGACCAUCAGCGGGAGAAAGCUGCUGACAGGUCAUCCCUCUGACCUCACCAUCACAGUGGGCGGGGUCCCCUGUACAAUAGUGUCCGAGGUGCAGAGCUCCAGCGUUCGGUGUGUCACAGGCAGCAUGAGUAAAGCAGGAAGUUACCGCAUCACGUUGCAUUACGGCGGCACGCUGCGCCACCUCCAUACUCAGCUCUUCAGCUACACCAACAACCCCAACAUCAGCACUGCCUGGCCAGCCAAGAGCUUCCUGCACGGCGGACGGCUGAUCCAUGUAUCUGGUCACAACCUGGAUGUUGUGCAGAAGCCACAGAUGCUGGUGAAUGUCUUCCCACGCGAGUCCGUCACUGGGAGCAGGAGGAAGAGGAGGAGGAGAAUGUCAGAGGAAGGGGCGUGGACCCUGAGGAGGCUGAGUGGGGAGCUUCCUGAUCCGCUCUGCUGCAGAGAGCCGUUCUGCCCCAUCACACAGUUCUUACAGCUUUGUGAGGUCAACAACUCCUCCCUGAUCUUGUGCCGCUCCCCCAUGGUGGACUCCUCUAUCUUGGACUCAAAGAUCUCCGUACAGUUUCUGCUGGACAGCCUUUGCUUUGAAUUCAGAGGCCUGAGCUCUGAGGCCUUCAGCUACGCACCCAACCCAGUCCUGAAGCCUCUGAACCAGCUGGACCCUCUGAAGGCGUACCGCUACAACCCCGGCAGCUUCAUCCAGCUAGAGGGCGACAACCUGGACCUGGCCAUCACCAAAGAGGAAGUAGUGGUCCUGAUAGGGGAGGGGGUGUGUGCUGUGAAGACCCUGACCAAGAACUACCUGUACUGUGAGCCCCCACCUCAGCAGCCCAACUGCAGGAAGUGUGAAGGUUCUGACAACCUGCCAGGAUUCACGGUCCAAAUGGGCCACCUGAACUUCUCUCUUGGCAAGGUUCAGUAUGACAGCCUCAGCCCCCCCACUUUCCCACUGGAGGCCCAGAUUGGAGUGGGUGUGGGAGCGUCCAUCGUGGCUCUUAUCGUCCUCAUCAUCGUGCUCAUCUACAGGAGGAAGAGUAAGCAGGCUCUUAGGGAUUAUAAGAAGGUCCAGAUCCAGCUGGAGAACCUGGAGACCAGCGUGAGGGACCGAUGCAAAAAGGAGUUUACAGAUCUGAUGACGGAGAUGAUGGACAUGUCCAGCGACCUGGUGGGCUCGGGGAUUCCCUUCCUCGACUACCGGAUGUAUGCGGAACGCAUUUUUUUCCCCGGCCACCGCGAGUCUCCUCUGAGGCGCGGUCUGGACAUGCAGGAUUGUCGGCGGCAGACGGUGGAGCAGGGCCUGGUCCAGCUGUCCAACCUGCUGAACAGUAAACUCUUCCUCACAAAGUUCAUCCAUACUUUGGAGAGCCAGCGGACGUUCUCUCCCAGAGACCGAGCCUACGUGGCGUCCCUGCUGACGGUGGCUCUUCACGGCAAGCUGGAGUAUUUCACAGACAUCCUCAAGACUCUGCUGAAUGAUCUGGUGGAACAGUACGUGGCCAAGAAUCCCAAACUCAUGCUGCGAAGGACGGAAAGUGUGGUGGAGAAACUGCUGACCAACUGGAUGUCCAUUUGUCUUUACACCUUCCUCAGGGACUCUGCCGGCGAGUCUCUCUUCAUGCUCUUCAAGGCCAUAAAACACCAGGUAGAUAAAGGGCCAGUGGAUGCUGUCACACGCAAGGCCAAGUACACGCUGAAUGAUAACCGUCUGCUGCGAGAGGACGUGGAGUACAAGACGCUGACGCUGAAUGUGCUGGUGCAGGGUGGAGGGGUGAACGAGAGCCAGCCCCUGCCCUGCAAAGUGCUGGACUGUGACACCAUCACGCAGGUGAAGGAGAAGCUGCUGGAUCAGGUGUUCAAAAGCACCUCCUUCUCUCAUCGGCCCCACGCUGACUCCCUGGACCUGGAGUGGAGGUCUGGUGUCGCCGGCCAUCUCAUCCUGUCAGACGAGGACCUGACGUCUGUGGUCCAGGGCAGCUGGAAGCGCCUCAACACGCUGCAGCACUACAAGGUCCCCGACGGUGCAUCGGUGGCGCUGGUGCCGCGACACAGCAAGAACAUUCACCAUGACAACCAUGAUUACAUCGCUGGGGAGAAGACUCCCAUGCUGGAGGACGCAGACGAAGGAGGCGUGAAGCUCUGGCAUCUGGUGAAGGCCAGCGAGGAGCCGGAGCUUCCCAAACACCGCAGAGGCAGCCUGAGGGAGAGGGAGCGAGCCAAGGCCAUCCCAGAGAUCUACCUCACCCGCCUGCUCUCUAUGAAGGGGACGCUGCAGAAGUUUGUGGACGAUCUUUUCACAGUGAUCCUCAGCACCAGCCGCCCCGUCCCCCUGGCUGUCAAAUAUUUCUUCGACCUGCUGGACGACCAGGCGGGACAUCACAGCAUCAGCGACCCGGAGACCAUCCACAUCUGGAAGACCAACAGCCUCCCACUGCGUUUCUGGAUCAACAUCAUUAAGAACCCUCAGUUCAUCUUCGACGUUCAGGUGUCGGACCACGUGGACGCCGUGCUCUCCGUCAUCGCUCAGACCUUCAUGGACUCCUGCACCAUCGCUGACCAUAAGCUCGGGCGGGAUUCUCCCAUCAACAAGCUGCUGUACGCCAGAGACAUCCCCCGCUACAAACAGAUGGUGGAAAGGUACUAUGCUGACAUCAGGCAGACGAUAUCAGCGAGUGACCAGGAGAUGAACUCGGCCCUGGCUGAGCUGUCCAGGAACUACUCUGGAGAGCUCAACUACCUUGUGGCACUGCAUGAGCUCUACAAGUACAUCAACAAGUACUACGACCAGAUCAUCACGGCUCUGGAGGAGGACACCACAGCCCAGAAGAUGCAGCUGGGAUACCGCCUGCAGCAAAUCGCAGCUGCUGUGGAAAACAAAGUGACCGACUUGUGACGGAAGAGACGCCCCCCCUCCACACUGAUGGCGGUGAUGUUCCCCCUGCGCAGGACCAUGACGACAGAAGGAACGUGGACGGGCGGAUCCGGACUUCUCUGCUCUCACUGGAACAUCAUGAAGAACACUUGGGGUUUUAUCUCCCCCUCUGCUGCCUUAGAAACGAGAACCUGAGCCCAUCUGUUGCUACUUCCUGUUCUGCAGUUUAAAGGAACAGCGUCUCUUAGUCGCGUGGGGGGCGGGCAUACUUUGCUGUAAAGUGUCUCAUUUCUAAUUUUUAUGGUACGAAGUGCUGGAAAUAACCCAUUGAUCUUAGAACAGCUUGUGCUUUUAUUCUGAAACCCUGAAAACUUAAGUUGUAGAUUAAUUUUGUUGGUGUAAAGUCUCAGAGAGGCAGGAGUAGAAGAAGAAGCCACCGCUCUACCUCAGCCCGCCAUGCUGCAUCAGUGAUGCCUUUCAGAUGCUUCCCUCCAACACCCCGGCCCAUCAGAACCAGCUGGAAUCACCCCUUCUGGGUCCGUAUCUAUCAUCCGCUUUCAACGGCGCCUGGUCUAAGGGCUGACAUGGCAGCUGCUGUUCAUCACCCGAUUUAUUGGAAAAGAUGUUCAUUCCGUCACCAGCGGCUCACAGGAAGAGGAACGGAUGGACGAGAUGGGAGCCCGGAGGUCUGUAGUACCAUUCCCCAGUGCUGCAGCGUCAGACAGAGGGAAGCUCGGCGGUACUGACGGUCCGGAUGGAGAACUGUUAACGUCUGGCGCCGUAGAGUCGGCUCUGUUUAAUGUUUCACUUGUUGUACAGACUGAUUUGAAAUGUUACCAUAGUGAUUUUAACUUGUUUAUUAAAACAAAAUGCUCACAGAUGUAUAAAGGUA